AUGUCUUUUUUAUUUUCUCUCUCAUUUGAAAGAUACACAUAUGGCAAGACCAUUGAUGGUGGUUUCCACUGUCGGUUUGGGAUAAAAAAGGACGAGUCAGAGAAUAAUGCUGGAGAAAUCGAAUUCAUCAAGGGACUGGAGAAAACUGGAUCUGUGAAAGAAGGCCAUGCUGAGAUUUCAGUUAAAAUGUCAGACCUCAGUCAAAAACUGAAUUCCACAUUAGAGGAAUUGGAAGCGACUCAGGCCCAAUUCUACAUUGCUGUCACAGUCACGGAUAUUUUAAGUGGUGAGGUACAGGAAUCUGAAGCUUUCCUUCCCGUUGUUUUGAGCCCGUACAAUGUGGAUCUGUCUCGGACAAGAUCGUUCUACACACCUACAUUCCCUUUUCAAGCAGUGGUCACCAUCCGUCACCCAAAUGGUUCCCCAGCUGAAGGCAUUCAAGUGAACUUAGAUGUCUCAAGCACCAAAGAAAAGUCUGUAGAUAUUAAAACUAAUAAAGAGGGAAUCGCAUUUUACAUUUUCAACUUGGAAGGAACACCACCUUCAGUUUCAGUGCAGGCAACAGUGGAUGGUUUCAAGUCAACAAAAGAAGUGCACCCAAUGAAAUCCACAAGAAACAGCUUCCUGCAUCUUAGUAUAACUAGUAAAGUCCUGUUACCAGAAAAUUCUCUGGAUAUUACAUUUUUUUCCAAUUGUAAUCCAGAAGAUGGGAAAAUAUAUUAUAUGAUUCUCAGCAGAGGCAUGCUGAGAUCAGCAAGCUCUGUUGCAUCAAGUUCUGAAGUAAAAAUAGCCAUCCAUAUCAGCCCAGAGAUGAUCCCGUCCUUCAGAGUGAUCGGUUUUUACUAUGACACAAAUGGUGACAUCAUUGCAGACUCAGUGUGGGUAGAUGUAGAGGACAAGUGUGAGGGAAAGCUUGAGCUAAAACUGCAUGGCUACCAUAAAUAUCAGCCAGAUGAUACCGCUGAGCUUGACAUUGAUGUAGGAACACAAAAGAACGCAAAAGUUGCCUUACUAGUUGUGGACAAAGCCAUUUACGCACUGGGUGCUCAAAACAAACUCACUCCAAAACAGGUGUUCACCUCCAUGCAGUCUUAUGAUCUGGGGUGUUCGUAUGCUGGUGGAGAAAACACAGCUGCUGUUUUUAAUGAUGCUGGCCUGGCCUUCAUCUCCCACUCGACCACAAUCCGUUCAAUGAUGAGAAAAGGUGCCAAAUGAUGCUCUAGAACAGGG